AUGAUCACCUCACCACAUCUUCGACCUCACGUCCGCCGAACUGCUCUGUAUAUAACCGAACCUGAUGCUCGGGACGAAUUGCACUUCUGGACGACGUCUGGGUGGUUCGACGAGGAGCACACUACGUCGUUGAUCUCGUCGUUUCCGAAUCUCAAUUACGCGGAUUGUUCCUCUUUCCCCCUCGCCGCCAUUUCUUUCGCGCUCCCACAGUUACCGAUCACAACCCUCCAUCUUCAGAAAUAUUCCGUCACUACCGACGAAUUCCUGGACGUUCUCGCUGCGGGGGCCCAAACUCUACAGUCCUUAACAGUCAUGUUUAUUGACUGUUACCCUUCGUCGAGUCCCCCUGCGGACAGCAUACCAACGAUCAUGUCUGCUUUGAAGGAGCUUAGAGCUACCUGCUCAAUGAACCUUCCCCUCGUACCCGAAAGAAUUCAAAUGCCAAGUCUACAAACUCUCUUCUCUGAUGUUGACGAUUUCGAGGCACUUUCUACCUGUCUGCCCGUUUCAUUUAAGACAUUGGUUAUCCAUACAGUUGAAGAGGCCCAAAGCAGUAGCAAGAUUCUGCACGUAGAGAAUCUCUGCCUUAUAUCCGAAAAUUAUUGGGAUGGUCUACCUUCUUGCAUCGAUACCAUCGACACGUUUACUGCCUCUUCAAGUAUCAAACACCUCGAGCUCGUCCUGCACAAAUACAUCCACAGCAGAGAGCCUGAUGUUGACCUUUUGCACACCUUCGAGGAGUUCCUUCUGAAUCUCCACGAGACCGGGUCUUUCGAAAGGUUGACGCUUACAUUUCCUGGACAAACGGAGUCACGGUCGUACGAACACGUAUUUCCAAGCCUUAGGCUGCUCGGUUUACUCGACGCGAUCCGCAUGGAGUCUUCUCCGAUUUCUCUAUCCUCCGGGCAGCGCUAA